AUGAAUCUUCUUUCUCUUACAUCGCCACUUUCCCUUUAUUAUUCUUCAUUUCCUGCUAUAACGAGAUUCCCCACCUUUCCCUUUUCAUACAAAUGCACAUCCCCCGCAGUUUUAAGGAGAUGUAUCAAAGCGGAAAAAGAAGAGGAGCUUCUAGAAGGGAUGCCGAAGGAGUACUACGACGAUGAAUGGCAAGCCCAGCAACGUAAGAAGACCAAGGAGUUGCAUCGGAGACGCAGACAAGAAGAAGAGGAAGAAGAAAGAAAGAUGGAAGAGUAUCGUGAAAUUGGCUUACGUUUGAAGGAAUACCCAGAAGAAGAUGUCAUUAAAGCAAGGAAACUAGUUUCCAGCUUUCUCAGGACUCCUGAAGAAGUGGAAGAGAGAAUUGAGGAAGCUGCUGAGAAAGGAGAACUUACUGAACUUGUUUUAAUGGUCAUAUGGAAUCGCCUUGAUCUUGCUCGGCGUGAUGAAGAAAAGGAUGCCAUUAGAAGUCUGGAUCUGUUAUACAGAAGGGUUGAGACUGAGAUCUUGAAACGAGAGGCUACCCCUGCGAUGAGAUUGCUCAAUGAUCUUUUGAUUAUGUAUGACGGCUAUGAUUUUGAAGAGUGGCUAAAGAAAUGUAAAAAGGUCAUGAUUGAUACAUUUCCUUUGGAGGAUCCAUUUAGUGUUCUUGUUCCGCCAGGAUUCGAGUCAUUCGACAUAGAUAAGCAUCACGGGCCAUUACGACCAUCUGUUGAAGUUGAUGAUACCCUUUUGAGGGUGGACUUCGUAAGGGAGGUGGAUGAAUUGCUGCAAGAAGUUCGUUCUCAAAAGAGUGAAGUACAAAAUGAAUCAAGGUUUGAUCCUGAAUCUGUCGCAAAUAGACUGAAACAACAGGAGAAGCAACAAACAAUACGGCAAGUUGAAGCGCUACUAGAUUUAGCAAUUGGUUUGAAAUGGUAA